AAGAACGGCGGGCGCGGUGGGCGGUAUCGGGCGGCAGGACAUGGAGCGUGAUGUGCUAGUGAGCGGGCCUUGGUGGAGGAAGGAGAUGGCCGAAUGGAGGGGGUUGACUCUGCGGACUGCUCAGGCAUUUUCCGCGGGCACCACAGUGGGUCCUCGUUCCCUGCCACGUGUGUGCUAGAGGCAGUCCCGGCUGCUCCCGGCUGAGCUACCCCGGAGCCCUCGUUCGCUGUGGAUGUUUUUCUGCCGUGUCUUGGGAAAAAUGGCAACAAAUGAGGCAGUUCUGAAGAGACUGGAGCAGAAGGGUACAGAGGCAGACCAGAUCAUCGAGUAUCUUAAGCAGCAAGUUUCACUUCUGAAGGAAAAAGCAAUUCUGCAGGCCACUUUGCGAGAAGAGAAGAAACUUCGAGUUGAAAAUGCAAAACUGAAGAAAGAAAUUGAAGAACUAAAGAAGGAGCUAAUUCAGGCAGAAAUUCAAAAUGGCGUGAAGCAAAUACCAUUCCUUUCUGACACUCCACUACAAGCUAAUUCUGUAGCAUGUGAAAAUGUGAUACCUUCAGCGCCAGUGACAACUGCAUCAUCUGGUACCAAAGAACAGGUGAAAGGGGGAGAAGAAAAGAAGGUGAAAGAAAAAGUGGAAAAGAAAGGUGAGAAGAAGGAGAAAAAGCAACCAGCUGCAGGAAGUGCUGACACUAAGCCAAUAGAUGUUUCUCGUCUGGAUCUUCGAGUUGGUUGCAUUAUUACUGCCAAAAAACACCCCGAUGCAGACUCGCUGUAUGUAGAAGAAGUGGAUGUCGGAGAAUUAGCCCCCAGGACAGUUGUCAGUGGCCUGGUGAAUCAUGUUCCUCUUGAUCAGAUGCAGAAUCGGAUGGUGGUUCUACUUUGUAACCUGAAACCUGCCAAGAUGCGAGGAGUCAUCUCUCAGGCAAUGGUGAUGUGUGCUAGUUCACCGGAGAAGGUUGAGAUCCUCGCUCCGCCCAAUGGCUCUGCACCUGGAGACAGGAUUACUUUUGAUGGCUUCCCAGGAGAACCUGACCAGGAACUGAAUCCUAAGAAGAAGAUUUGGGAGCAGAUCCAGCCUGAUCUUCACACUAACGAUGAGUGUGUGGCCACGUACAAAGGAGCUCCUUUUGAAGUGAAAGGGAAGGGAGUGUGCAGGGCUCAAACCAUGAGCAACAGUGGAAUCAAAUAAAAUAUUCCCCUUACUAAAAUACACUUGAUCAAACUUUAAGCAAAAUAAAAAGUUCUAUAUUUGUCCCUGGCAGCCAAAAUAUGACUGGUUAUUUUUGUGUUAUUUCCCAUUUAGAGUUCACUAGUCUUUAACCUGGUAUAUAUUGUUUCUGAUUAAUUGGAGAAACACUACAUUUUUUCCUAGAUUUUUUGAUCAAUGAUAAUAGAGGGAAGAAAUUGUCUAUGUCUUGUGACUUUUUUGUUUUUGUUUUGAAGAUAUUGGUUAGUAGGUCUUUUUGUGUACAUACCUAAACAACUUGAAAUAGGUUAAUAUCUAGGUUUUUAUAAUUUGUGGGAACAUCUUGCAUGGAAUUUCAAGAUUUUGGUAUAUUGUGUAGCUGUGUUUUAAAUGUCCUUGACUUUAAAAACAACAACUUGGAAUUUUUAUCAAACUUAUAUCAUAAUCAUACUGAAACUUAUCAAUCAUAUGAGAUAAAUGUAUAAUCUAGGAGCCAUUGCAUUUGAGCAUUUGUGUUUUAUUGCCAAAGUGACCCUUGACUUAUUGCAAUUAAAGUGUCUAGAAAGCUAAAA